AUGCCUCUAUACAAACAGUCAGCCGACGACUUGGCGGAAGUAGAUGUGAUUGUGGCAGGAGGGGGUACCGCUGGUUGUGCUGUAGCCGGACGUCUGGCUGAAGCAGAUCCAAAUAUAUCAAUUUUACUCAUUGAAGGUGGCACAGACAAUCACGAUGAGCCAACUGUGAUCCAUCCGGCUCUCUUUAUGGCACACCUUUUACCCGAAGCGAAAACGUCGAUAUUUUAUAAGGCCAUCAAGUCGCAGCAUCUCGCUGACAGGGAGGCUAUUGUGCCAGCUGGUGGUAUCCUUGGCGGAGGCUCCUCGACUAACUUCAUGAUGUAUACUCGAGCACAGCGAUCUGACUAUGAUUCAUGGAAUACUCCCGGGUGGUCCACUAACGAACUCUUACCAUUCCUGAACAAGCUUGAGACAUACCAUGGUCCUGGGGAUGCCGAAAUUCACGGCCAUGAGGGUCCCGUCUCAAUCUCGAGCGGUACGUGGCGAGCGAAGAGGGUUGAAGACGAUUGGAUGCAAGCAGCGCAGAAGAUGGGAUUUCCUGAGAUAAGAGACUUGCAAACUCUGGAUGCAAACAACGGGUUUCAACGCUGGCUGCGUUACGUUUCGCCCGAAGGCAAGAGAUCAGACUCGGCACACGCCUAUAUCCACCCCCUGCUGCAAGAUGGCAGGCACCCAAACCUCCAUGUGCUUGUUGAGGCCAAGGUCAUCAAAGUCUUGUUUGACAAGAAUAAGAAAGCAUGUGGCAUUGAGUACACACCAAAUCCAGACUACCAACCAAUUAUUGGCUUGUCAAAGCAUCUCAAGAAGCAGGUGAAGGCCAGAAGACUUGUCGUCCUUUCCGCCGGGGGAUGCGGCUCCCCACUCAUCUUGCAGCGCUCUGGGGUCGGGGAUCCUGAGGUGCUUAAACAGGCUGGCGUAGAUCUCGUUGAGAAUCUGCCGGGCGUUGGGCACGACUACCAAGAUCACACAUUGAUUCUAUGGCCCUACAAGACAGCCGCCCGGGCCGAUGAAACCCUUGAUGAACUCUUUAGCGGAAGGCUAUCCGUACCAGAGGCCAUUGCGAGCAAGAAUCCCAUUCUUGGAUGGAACUCGUGUGAUAUUGCAGGGAAACUCAGACCUUCUGAGGAUGAUGUUGCGAAGCUGGGUCAUGACUUCAAAGAGUCAUGGAACGCCGAUUUCAAAGACCACCCCGAUCGCCCGCUCAUGCUAAUGGCUCUAGUACAAGGGUAUUCGGCCGACCCGGCAGGGGUAGAACCAGGACAGUACAUUUCCGUGGCGCCUUUCUCAACGUACCCCUACUCCCGUGGCUACAUUCACAUCACGGGCCCGGAGUGGAAUGAUCCCCUGGAUUUUGACGUCGGGUAUUUCAGCGACCCCGGUGAUAUUGAUAUCAAACAGCAUAUCUGGGCUUACAAAAAAGGUCGCGAGAUCAUGCGACGUACAAGUUUGUAUCGUGGUGAAGUGCCAGUCGGCCAUCCCAGGUUCCCGGCCGGCUCGAGGGCCGGUUUGGUCGAGGAUGGCGGCGUUCCGAAGGACCAUCCGAUCACCGAUCUUGAAUAUUCCACCGAAGAUGACGCGGCCAUCGCAGACUUCCUUCGUGAAAACAUCAACACGACGUGGCACUCUUUGGGGACAGCCAAGAUGGCCCCACGUGAGCAGAAGGGAGUUGUCGAUGGCAAUUUGAGUGUGUAUGGCGUUCAGGGUUUGAAAGUGGCUGACCUAAGCAUCGUGCCGAAGAACAUUGGAGCAAAUACUAACAAUACUGCAUUUGUAAUUGGGGAGAAGGCAGCCAAUAUCAUCAUCAACGAGCUGAACCUUGGUUCGAAGAAAUAA